GCAGAGCCUUCGAGCACCCCAAUAUCAAAAUAAAAAUACUCAGCGCAACGGUGCGGAACCGACUCCACAAUCAACCCGAACACUUUCACUCCCCAAUCUCAUCAAGUAUUAGAGUUGGACACUGUUUCUAUUUGUGCAUCCAUCACUCUGCUUGUAUUAUAUACAUCUCCUCCCUUGUAUACUGAUUUUGCGGGUAUCGGAGAUGGGUCGGGUCAGCACCGCCAUCUUCUUCUUCUGUCUCCUCUUCUUCUCCUCCGCUAAUUCGUUCUAUCUCCCCGGCGUCGCUCCUCGUGAUUUUCAACAGGGUGAUCCACUUCAAAUCAAAGUCAACAAACUAUCAUCGACAAAGACUCAACUUCCAUAUGACUACUACUAUUUAAAGUACUGUAAACCUCAAAAGAUUAAGAACAAUGCAGAAAAUCUGGGGGAGGUACUUCGAGGUGAUCGUAUAGAAAACUCCGUGUAUACUUUUCAUAUGAGGAAGGAGCAGCCGUGCAAGGUGGCAUGUAGAGUUAAGUUGGAUGCUGAAGCUGCUAAGAACUUCAAGGAAAAAAUUGAUGAUGAAUAUCGUGUUAAUAUGAUUUUGGAUAACCUUCCAGUUGCUGUACUUAGACAAAGAAGGGAUGGAAGUCAGUCAACCACUUAUGAGCAUGGCUUUCGGGUGGGAUUCAAAGGAAAUUAUGCAGGGAGCAAAGAGGAAAAAUAUUUUAUCAACAAUCACUUGAGCUUCAGAGUCAUGUAUCAUAAGGAUAUCGAAACUGAUUCUGCUCGUAUAGUUGGGUUUGAAGUUACACCAAACAGUAUUAAUCAUCAAUACAAGGAGUGGGACGAGAAGAACCCUCAGCUAGCAACAUGCAAUGAGAACACAAAAAAUAUAAUUCAAGGCAGUACUGUUCCACAGGAGGUUGAUACAGAUAAGGAGGUUGUAUUUACAUAUGAUGUUUCUUAUAAGGAAAGUGAUAUUAAAUGGGCAUCACGGUGGGACACCUACCUCCUUAUGAACGAUGAUCAGAUCCACUGGUUUUCCAUAAUAAAUUCUUUAAUGAUUGUGCUCUUUCUUUCUGGGAUGGUUGCUAUGAUCAUGAUGAGAACUCUAUACAGAGAUAUUGCAAACUAUAACCAACUAGAAACUCAAGAUGAAGCUCAGGAAGAAACAGGAUGGAAACUUGUUCAUGGGGAUGUUUUUAGGGCACCCAUAAAUUCUGGAUUACUCUGUGUUUAUGUUGGUACUGGUGUUCAAUUAUUUGCAAUGACCCUUGUGACGAUGAUAUUUGCAUUGCUGGGUUUCUUGUCACCUUCAAAUAGAGGCGGACUGAUGACAGCUAUGGUCCUGUUAUGGGUUUUCAUGGGCUUGUUUGCUGGUUAUUCCUCUGCGCGGUUGUACAAAAUGUUGAAGGGAACAGAGUGGAAGAGAAAUACCUUGAAAACUGCUUUCAUGUUUCCUGGUAUUUUAUUUUCUAUCUUCUUUGUACUUAAUGCUCUAAUCUGGGGGGAGAAGUCAUCUGGAGCUGUACCCUUUGGCACUAUGAUUGCUCUAGUCUGCUUAUGGUUUGGAAUAUCAGUGCCGCUAGUGUUUGUGGGUAGUUACUUGGGUUUUAAAAAACCAGCGAUAGAGGACCCAGUCAAGACGAAUAAAAUUCCGAGGCAGGUACCAGAGCAGGCAUGGUAUAUGACACCUAUCUUCUCUAUACUUAUUGGAGGCAUUCUUCCAUUUGGUGCUGUGUUUAUCGAACUGUUCUUCAUCUUGACAUCAAUAUGGCUGAACCAGUUCUAUUACAUCUUUGGCUUCCUCUUCAUAGUUUUCGUUAUCCUGAUAAUCACAUGCGCAGAGAUCACAAUAGUGCUAUGUUACUUCCAGCUGUGUAGUGAAGAUUACAAUUGGUGGUGGAGGGCUUACCUAACUGCAGGCUCUUCUGCCUUGUACCUUUUCCUAUACUCCAUUUUCUACUUCUUCACAAAGUUGGAAAUCACAAAGCUGGUUUCUGGUAUUCUGUACUUUGGUUACAUGUCAAUUGCAUCGUAUGCGUUUUUCGUAUUGACGGGCACAAUUGGUUUCUAUUCGUGUUUCUGGUUUGUUCGGAAAAUAUAUGCAUCCGUCAAGAUCGAUUAAUGGAAUGUUGAAGCAGUGGACUAGCAAUUGGUAUUUUAGCAGUGAAGGCGGAGUAUCAGCGGGUCAAUGAAGCCAAACUUGUGGAUUGUUGAGAGCAUCGCCAUUUUUGCAUGACAAGGUCUUGAAAAGUGUAUUUUCUUUUGUUGCUGGUGGUUAGAGCAUAGGAUUGGCCCAGAGACGUUUUUUAGUAUUUGAGUUUCGCGUAUGUUGUCUGCACUAGUAUCUUAUGAAAACUAUACCUGUUAGUAUUAUAGUUUAUUUGUAGUUGACUAGAUGUUUAACUUGUUUAACUUUGCUAGUAGAUUAUUGUUUAUGAA